GAGGAGGUCUGGGGGACGGAUGAACUGUUCACCUUGCUGCGAUAUAAAUCAGACGACUCUGGUUUGUCCCCGCAAUCGACCCCGCAUUUGUGUCCACUAUGGCCGACGACAAGAAGCCCCUUCAAGCCAAGGCAGUGUCGAACGGCCUUCCGCCUCCUAACCUUGACUUGCCGUACCCGGACAGACCAGAGCUCAUUACGGAGAACCUUCUGAAGUUGACCAACUUGAUUACCGAUGAACGAAAGAAGUACAUCUUCAAGAAUUUAAUUACGCAUAUACACCAAUUCAUCAAUGAGACAAGUAUCACCACGGACGAAUGGAUGAACACCAUCCAAUUUCUGACCCGGACAGGUCAAAUCUGCACGCCCAUUCGUCAAGAGUUCAUCCUGCUCUCCGACGUCCUCGGCAUCUCCGCGCUCGUAGACGCACUUAACAACCCCCCAGUCAGCGGCGGGACGGAGAGCAGCGUGCUCGGGCCUUUCUUCACUGAGGACGCUCCCGACGUCAACAACGGCGAUUCUAUUGCGUCCGAGGGCAAGGGGCAGUACAUGUACGUCGAGGGGCGUGUAAUCGAUACGCACGGGAAGCCAGUCCCGAACGCUCUCAUCGAAACGUGGGAGACAGACGAGUAUGGCUUCUACGACACGCAAUAUGCGGACAGAAGCAAACCCGACUGCAGGGGCCGCUUGCGGACGGACAAGGACGGUAGAUACGGCUACCGCGCUGUCGUUCCAGUAGCGUACCCCAUCCCCGGUGACGGCCCCGUCGGAGACUUACUGCUCAUGCUCAACCGACACAAUAUGCGCCCGAACCAUCUGCAUAUGAUGAUCGAGGCACCGGGCUACCAGAAACUCACGACCGCGUUCUACCCCGAGGGCGAUGAGUGGCUUGCGAGCGACGCUGUUUUCGGCGUCAAGAAAUCCCUGGUCGUCACAUUGAAGGAUGUGGACAAUGAGCAGGAGGCGCGCAAGCGUGGGUUCCCCAAGGGGAGCCACUUCAAGUUGCUUGAGCAUGAUCUCGUGUUGGUUCCUGAGGCUGAGUCCAAGGCGGCGCGGGAACAGUACGCGAGGGAACAUGCUGUUAACAGGAGUAACGAGAUUCAGGCAUGAAGUAUGAUUUGCGUCUUGUAUGAUGGGCGGACGUGCCAGUGCAGGCUGUAUUAUGAUAGUUCAACCUGUCAGGAAUGUAUUUCUAUUGCACAUCCGUGUAGCCCCGGAAGGGAUUGUCCCACCCACCUCUC